AUGAGCGUCACGCAUCUGAGCGACACCGAACUCUCGUUCGUGAGCGACUCUUUUGUCCGCCUCGUAUUUGGCACGAUCGCCUUCGUCAUUCUUUACUAUGACUACUUCCUAACUCUCGGAGAUGAGUUCCAACGGUACUGGGGCCGUCCGUCCUCGCCCGUCUCUUUCGGGUUCUUUUUCAACAGGUACCUGUCGGUGCUCGGGAACAUUCCCGUGCUCAUUCAAUUCUACGGCAAUCCGCUAUCGCCACUCGUCACCGCCGCACUCCAGUUGCAGCGCGUCCACGCGCUUUACGGAGGCAGCAAACGCGUGCUGGGUCUCCUUCUGGCCGUCGGGAGUAUAUUGGCGUCAGUGGUCAUCUGGGCAUGGGUCGCGUUGAUGCAAGCGGGCUCUUCGCCAUCCUACAAUCAUUUGGUCCACGAGUUCGCGCCCGUCCUCGUUGGAUGCAAUACGAGCGUAUCGGAGACACAGGGUAUUUGUGCCUUGUAUUUCGGCGUGAUCCUGUUGCUGCACAUGUCCAACAUAUGGACAUCGGUAUUCACCCAAUGCCCCCUCCUGCUCUCCUUCGGCCUCCCGCGCUUACCUCGCGCUCCCUCCAGCAUCGCUACGACCCUCAUGUCCCGCCUCAUGCUCAACCUCCGCGACCCGCGCAUCCGCGGGGACGCCCUGACAAUGCCGUCCAGCUCCAUCGUCCUGACGUCCGAGAUUGUCAUAGAUCAAUGA